AUGGCCCGACGACCGAAACGGCUAUCUUCACCUGGUGCUUCAUCCUCUGUUCCAAGAACUCGCAGGUCGCGCCAUUCUCUCUUCUUUGCUGGCCUUCCUGACUAUGUUGAUUCGGGUGACUGUACGUGUGUUUGCGAAUUUUGUGGUGCCUAUUUCUGGUAUGUUGAAAGGGCGCUCAAACUUUCUACGCCUGCUCAUCCGAAGUAUUAUCAUUGUUGUCGGGAUGGUGAUGUCGUUCUUCCUUAUCCUUCGAGGUUUCAUCCUGAAUUUCUUGAUUUGUAUCAAAAUGCUACAUUUUUGAAAGACAUUAUCGCAUAUAAUAGCAUGUUUUCUAUGACUUCAUUUGGGGCGAAUAUAGAUAAGUCUGUCAAUGACAAUCGGGGCCCUUAUGUUUUCAAGAUAUCUGGUCAAAUUUCUCAUAGGAUAGGAUCGUUGUCCCCGGAUCCUACAAAGGGCCCUAGAUUUCUGCAACUUUAUCUUUUUGAUACAGAGAAUGAGGUUCGGAAUAGAUUGAGGGCUUUUGGAGGUCCGACGGGAACGGAUUUAGAUCCUAAUAUUGUGCAGUAUCUGGUUACAUUCUUAGGGGCUAACAACGAGUAUGUAAAAACGUUUAAAACAGCAAAGACCAUGGCUGAGGAAAAUAAUUUAGAAAAUUAUAGUGUACGGCUGUUUAACAACGUUGUUGAUCGUAGGUAUGAAUUCCCUUCCCCUGGAUCCUUGGGAUGUAUAGUAACUGGUGAUGACACUACCAGUAUGACAUAUGACAUUGUUGUAUUUUCGCAUUCGGGUCGGCCUCAACGCAUUAGUAAAUUGCAUCCCUCUUAUAUGCCUUUACAAUAUCCACUUUUGUUUCCUUAUGGUGAGGAGGGGUGGUCACCCCGUUUGAAGAUGCGUAAUCAGAGGGGAGUAAGUGCAAAAAGUCUCACUGUCAAUAUGUAUUACGCGUACCAUAUACAUGCCCGACAUCAGAUUUGGUCUCCAAUUGUAAAUGCCACUAGGCUUUUCCAGCAAUAUUUAGUUGAUGCAUAUACGUGUAUAGAGGAAGGCCGAUUGGAUUAUAUAACCAAACAUCAAUCAAACUUACGUUCCGAUUAUGUGAGUGGGCUUUAUGAUGCGCUAUCAAAGGGGGACCGGGAAGCACGUGUUGUUGGUAAGCGUGUUUUUUUGCCUGCAUCAUUCACUGGUGGUCCCCGGUUUAUGUAUAGCCAUUAUCAGGAUGCGCUUACGAUCUGUAGAGUUUAUGGCAAUCCACAAUAUUUUAUCACUUUCACAUGUAAUGUGAAGUGGCCAGAGAUUACCCGCUAUAUGGAGACACAUUCACAGAGAGAUGUACACAGCAGAGCGGAUAUCAUAGCCAGAAUGUUCCAUGUGAAAGUCCAUGAGUUUAUCGAUUUCCUUAAGAAGGAAAAAACCUUUGGCGAUGUUGAUGCAUGUACGUUUACAUUUCUUUUCCUAUAUCUGCUAGCCUAA